CGGACGACAAAAAUGUAUUAAACAGAUGUUUAUUGGACAAUUAAAUACUUUAUAAAAUAGAAAGAAAACUAAGGGUAUAAAUAGCAAGGACUACCAUUCCAUCUAGCUAGAGUUGAUCUCAAGUUGCAUCUGAAAAGUAGCUGCGAUGUCUAAACUUCUGUUGGCUUUUGCUCUUUGCUGUCUGUUGGUGGUCCAAAUCAAAGCCCAGGAUCCGGAGGGUCGAAGGUUCUGCGACCGCUUGACCGCCGAGUGUGUUCGUCAUGAGCGACAAGUGGGCACAGUGGAUGACACAGUAACUAUUUACAAUAACCACUGCCGACGAGCCGAUCGCAACUGGAGGAACAUUACCCGAUGUGAACUAGUCCGGGCUUCCUGUAUAUUGACCAUGGUUCGCUGCGACAAUCCAACCUGCAAAAAUGUGGCUGACAGCCUCCGUUCUUAGGAAAGGCGGUGGAAGACUUUUAAUCAUUUAAAACUAUCUACAAAGUUUCAUAAAAUAAAAACAAAUAUGCAUUGUAAAA